AUCGACGCCAGCACGAGCGCGGUCCGCCACUACUCCGGCGACUCGCUUCAUUCCGUACUAGGCCACGAAAGGCUGCGGAAAGGAGCGCGGGAAAGAGGCGCGAAAAGUCAGUCGGUUUCGAGACGGAGAGCCGGGAGGCUCGAUCUAUCGAAGAAGAGAGGAAAAUCGAGGAGGCUCCAACCGUGUUUGACAAGAUUCGUCCACCGCGAGGAUCCAAAGUGCGAAAGACGAGGAUACAUCGAAGCCUGAUUGUCAUCGAGACCGCGUCGCCAGAGCAGAAGAAGAAACAGAACGAAUCCACGAGAUUCGAGCGAGUAGAACGAACCUAAGACCGCUACGGUUUUCCGCCAGCCGAAAUAUCUCAGAGGAUCAUAGUCGCGAUAUAGUGGCACUCGCGCGCCCCGAUAUAUAAGAGAGAUCGCAAACGCGUGGCCGUGUUUAUUGAGACGAGCGAAUCGGGAAGGGUCUCUACUCGCCGCGAAUCCCCGGAGAAAGAGAGGAUAAAAGAGAGGAAGAUACAGUGCGCUUGGGAAAAAGAGAAAGAGAGAGACGGAGCAAUAGAAGUAUAUAAAAAGAGAGUGUGAGCAAACGCGAGGCACCGGGAAGGGGCGCCCGUGCUCUUUCCACGCUCUCUCUCUCUCUCUCUCUCUCCCUCUUUCUCUCUCGUACACUCAUUCGCGUGGAAGAGUGGAAGGUGGAGGUGGUGGACGACGACGCGCCGCGGCGGCACACACCAUCGCCAACGGUGCUCUCACCGUGUGUGCUCGCUUGCUCGCUUGCUGGCUGCUGCUGCCCUGGCCUGCCGGAGAGCAGACCCAGAGGAGGAGGAUUAUAGUGGGAGAAGAGAUUUUUCGAGGUGGGGUGGCGGAGGACCGACCGAUUCCUCGUGUGCGCGGGUGAUUAUCGGCGAACGUCGUUCGACUCUCGUGCAUACGGACCGCUUUUACCGAAUACCCACGAGAGAUACCUCUACCGGAAAGAACAUUUAUAAAUAACAUUUUUAUCGAAAAGCCCUCCCGAUCGGUGCGCGUGUGCGUGUGUGCCUGUGCGUUUUCAAAACUUUCCUAACUCUCUUCCUCGUUCGUCGUGUCAAAACUCAGCGUCACAGAAACCGGGAACAUUCUAUUUUUCGAUUAUUAACGAUAUUAUUGAAGAUUAUUUACAACGAUCACCGACAUUGUGACAGCGGACUCGUCGCGUCGAGUGCUCGAUCGCUCCACGAAUUGUCGUUUCACAGAAAAAGCAGAGAGGCCGAAAGCCCGAUUGCGAUUAAACCGGAACUAAAUUCGUCGCAUUUAUCCCAUUUUGUAAAGGCGCGAGUGAAUAAGAAUCAAUUAUACGAACGGAAAUACGAGAAGAGGCGGAAACAGAGAUAGAUCGUGAAUCCCCGGUCUAGAAGCCCGAGCAGCUCAACAUCCCGCGAAAAGCAGAGCCAGAAAGAGAGAAAUGCGUUAAAAAUAUCCACCGUCAGGCUCGUCUCCGUCACUGCCACGAUUGCAUCGCUUGCUCUCGCUCAUCUUCUUCCUUUUUGUAUCUAUCGCUUUUCGUUGAAGAAAACUGAGUCACUGAAAUUCCGCGGGAGUUUGUCGCGCGGUUGCUCAGCCCGAAAACCUGCUGUGCCGGAAAAAUGUCGUGUCGAAUAAGCGCAGGUGUUACUGAUCGUAGUGUUGCGAAAACGUCGCUCAAGAUCGUCCUCCUCUUGCUCGACGACACCACUUGCCCUUCGCGUCCGCCCAGGAACAACCGUUUUCACUGAUUCCACGCUGUUCCAAUAUCUUCCGUUCGAACCUGCGCUCGUGUCAUGCUCGCUAAUUCGUCAACGAACGAUCGUGACAAAACUGCGUGAACUUUCGAUGAUUGACGAGUGACGAGAAGUGCAGCGGGAAUAUUCUGAGGGCGCAGAGAAAAAGUUACGUUCGUUGCUCAUUUUUUUGACGCUGCCAACUGCAAGAAAUCGUGACCCGAUAAAACUGGAGUUCACGAGCUUCAUUUUCAUUCGAAACGUUCUGCAGUACUCGAGAUCGUCCAAUCGCUUUUCUAACUGUGAGAUUGAGGAAAAGGAAAAAUUAGAAAAAAUGACCGAGAGCGAGGAUCGCGGUUAAAGUUCGAGGGGCAAAAUUCGUUUUUCGUGCAAGCCCCACGAGCCACGUGACGUUUUUAAUCGGAGUCUUCGAUACGUGCUUCCUCGAAAAUCCGCUGGGAAAUCGUCUCCGAGACAAAUGCUUUCCCGAGCGAUAAUAUCGUGAAACGGAGCUCGUCCUCAUCGGCGAAAUAUUCGUUCGAUAAAAAGGUUUCAAACGAAAAUAUAUCGCAGUGUCGUGCGAUUACUCAGAUGAAAUAUGAAGCACGAGGAUACGUUGGACGAGUGACGUUUCUAGUUGGAGUUCAAACGGGAAUAAUAACGAGAAGAUCGAGCCUCGGAGGAGAAAUAAUAGUAGCAGAAUCAACGGCGGAAGACCCGGAGGCAAAAAAACCUCGGGGCACCUGGCGCAGGGCGCCUGAGAUGACGGGCGCGCGACGGGGUACUCGAGCACCCCGCUACAAGAUCUUCCUCUUGACACCGCUCAUCGGCCUCUUGCUCCAAGCCCAAUCUGCUACAGGCGGCAUAUGUUGGUCGUCCAUCAGUAACGGACGCUGCAAGGAACUUUUGUCCCAAGACGUAACUCGCCAGGAGUGUUGCGCCUCGAACGCCGCCGCUGCUACGGCUUACUCCGAGGAGGAUCUCGACAGCGGGAGCCUCUUUUUUUGGAGGGUUCUCGGAGGUGGUGUCCACUGCCGGCCAUGCAGGGAAAGUUGCGCAGAAGUGCGAUGCGAGGAGGGUAAAAAGUGCGUCGUCCGGAGAGGGCGACCCCGUUGCGUAUGCAGCCCGGAGUGCAAAGCUCCCCGAGGCGGAGGUCCGGUUUGCGGUACCGAUGGUAGAAGUUACCGAAGUCUUUGCAGGCUGAAGAAAAGGGCCUGUAAAAAAGGCAGCCACGAGCUGACGGUCGCCUACAACGGCUACUGCCAAAGUUCAUGCGCGAGGGUGCGCUGCGGCCAGGGUCGAAGCUGCCUCCUCGACCAAAAUCUGAGCCCUCACUGCGUGAAGUGCGCCAGGAGGUGCCCUCAGGCGUCUCAUCAAGUCGCCGGUGCACGACCCGUUUGCGGAGCCGACGGAAACACAUACAAGAGUGCCUGCCACCUGCGACUAGCAGCCUGUCGCGCUGGCCGAGCCAUUCCGGUCGCGUAUAAGGGUCACUGUAAACAGAACGCAGACUGUACGACGAUUCGAUGUCGAGAAGGGCAAACAUGCCUGACGGAGAUGAGCUCGGGACGUCCAAGAUGCGUGACGUGUACGUACCGUUGUCCGCGAAAGCGCGAGCGUGCAAGGGACCGAAAUCGAGAUCACGUUCGAGAUCGAGAAGCUGGAGUGACGUCGCUACUGUGCGCUACGAACAACAUAACUUAUCCGAGCUGGUGUCACAUCGUCAAGGACGCCUGUGUCACGGGCUUUGUCCUGGAGACUCGACACGCCGGUCCCUGCGACGCCUACGACACGUCCUUUUACGUUGAGGAAAAUAAUACCUCGACGAAUUACGGUGUUGACUUGGCAGACCAAUUUAUGAAGGGCAGCGAUCCAACGUCGAAGCUCCGGAAGCAUCGUUCCUUCACGUAGCUCCAAAAUUUAACAGUUUUAUUGAGGAAAGCAACGAAUUCCAAGAACCCGAUGAGAAGAGCGAGAGAGGGAGGGGAGGAGAGGAGUUUAUUUGAAUGAGGAAUUACGAUCAGCGAGUCAUGCACGAUUCAUUGUUUUUGGCUAAGCGAAUCCUCGUGGUGGGACGUGGGUGAAAAUAUAAUCAUGAGGAGCCGCACACGCGUGGUCAAUUCGGCGAAUGAAGGUGAUGAAAAUUAUGACGAUGAUGAGGAUGAUGACAGUGACCGUUGCGUAAUGACGAUGACAGCAACGAUCAUCGUCAUUUUGACGAUGAUAAUGCUUUUGAUGAUGUCGAUGAUGAUCACUUUGACGAGGAUCAAGAUUGUGAGGAUUUUCAUGAGGAUGAUGAUGAUUUUUAUGACCGUCAUUUCGAUUAUGACAAUGAUUAUAAUGAUAGUCAGAAUAGCGAUGAUGACGAUGACGAUGACGAGGAUCAUUACGAAGUCGCGUUGAUGACUAUCAUAAUGAUGUUGAUAACGAUUACGAGGAUAAAGAUCGUUACGAUGAUGAUUACGAUGAUGAUUAUGAUGAUUACGAAGAAAAUACAAAUGGAGGAAAUCACCGUCGAGAUAAGAUCGUCGCAGUAUUAUGAAGCAGUAUUUAAAAAUUAAAAAUUUUGUGCAAUGAUUUCCUUUUUCUUUUGUGUUAUUCCACAGCGAUAUGAGAAACGUAUGGAGGGACGAUCCGAGUCCCGAGCUUUAGGAUAUGAAUAUUCGAAAAACUUGCUUAUCAGCACGCGCUCCCAAACGGAUGUCGUCCGCUCUAUUCGAGUAUUUAAUCAUCGAUAUAUCAUUCUUCUUUUUCAUCAGGACAGUUGUGAAUAAUCGUUGUAAAAAGGUUUAUUAUAUAUUAGGAUUAUAGUUGAUUAAAAAUGAAUUAUUAUUCCAUAUCGUUUGAUAUUAUCACACAAAAACGCGUGUCUCACGCGUACACAGUUACGUUUUUUUAAAUUUUUUUUUUUUUGAAAUUAUUGUUUCGUUACAAUAGUUUCGUCCUGAAAAUAUUUAACAAACGUUUUUCCGUGCGGCGUUCGCGCUUCUUACGAUAUUUUGUCUUACGAAUCGCUCGCGGAUCGUUAAUCGAAGAAAUUUUCGUUUAAUUUUAUCGAAGGCGGGCUUACGCGAUAGAGAAUUAUGCUGUUUUUUUACGUUUCGUUGUGCUCGAUGCGAUGCAACCAGCAAUCAGAAAAUAAGGAAUGUCACUAUUAUUCCCAAUAUUCACAAUAUUGUAGCUGUUAUUACCCGUAAAUAUAAUGGAUGGGGUCUCAGUCGCUCGAUCGAAUUCAUCGAAAAAUAUGAGUUUAUUUAUUAGAAUUAUGGCUGAAGCUAUUAACUGAUCGAAAAAAUAUUUAUAUAAAAUUGAAUCUUAAGAUCACGAUGUCCAAAUCGACGAAUUUUCAACUGAACUCAACUCCAUCCAACGGAACUCCCACGCGACCAAUGCACACCCCCAUGUAACCACAAUUUCGACUAAUUUCAAUAAUUCAAGUUGGUUUGUUUUCAAAGAAAAAUCACGUCGAACAAAAUCACUGAUUUUUUUUUCUCACUCUUUUUUCGUCGCGGACUUCUGCGCUCUUGGCAAACUGACGAAAAACGUAUCUGAAAUCACGAAGGUAUUCAAACGAUUCGGUACAACCGUGGAAUCCAGUGAAUCGCAGUGUAAUUCAUUCGAUGGCGAGAGCUUUCGCUGCUCACGUCGCUCAUAUGACUCGCCUCGUUUUUUAUUACGACGCCGCGGAUUUCAUGUUGGAAAAUAUUCUGCAUUUUUUCACGAUCCGAAUACGUGCUAUUGUUUUCUUCGUUCGGAAAUUCAUGACGUCCACAAAGAGACAAAACCUCGAGAAUUUCUUGGACUUUCUUUUCCACUUUUUCUUCAUUUAAAAAAACACAAUCCAACGAAAACUUAUUCCAACCGCGCAUUUCGGAAUUUCCGUGUACUCGAAAAUCUCGCACUCUCACGAUACCAACGGAGAAAUAUUUCUCCGGUAAAAUAUGUAUUCGCUUAGACCCCGGGCGAUGUCUGCUUACGAGAGACGUCAAUGCGCAAAUGUUUUUCUCUCUCUCUCUCAUUCUCUUCACUCGGAAUAUCGGGGCUGUAGCGAAUUCGUUUUUCGUCCCAUAAUCUUUCGCGGUUCGGAGGACACGCGAGCCCAGAAAUGACUGCGUCAAAUUUGCAGCGCCACCGUUUCUUUCCGUUUGUCCGCCCACACUCGAUCGCGAUCGUCGUUUCGAGUUAAAUAUGUGAUCGGUAGAGUCUUCAAAAGAUAACGAAUGGGAGAGCGAGACCGAGAAAGAGAAAUCCGCCUUUUCGUUCUCGCGCAUUAAAGUGCGAGAUUGACAAUCCUCUUGAGACGUUUUUCAGCAUCCAUUCCUCUUCGUUCUCCGCUUUUCGCUAUUCCUCCACUUCUGCCCCUCGUUCUGUCUCCCUUUUCCUCCGACUGAUCUCUCUCGCUUCUCUUGGGCUUGCACUAACAGCAUAAACUUUCCGAGCUAAUGCAAUAAAUACCUGUAUCACGACUGCACACUUUGAAGUGCGCGCGCCUCGAACGAAGCGGGGCAGUACGUCCGCGUCUUUCGCUCUUCCGUGCGCUCGUUCGUUACGUCUCCUCGUUAUUCUUUUUCGCCGCAGCAUGACUCUAACAAUUUUGCGUUUCUCGAGUACCGUUUUAGUUGAGAGACAGAGAAAUAACGAGACGAGAAAAGACAAAUGAAUGAGAGGACGAGAGCCUUCGAGAUGAGAAAAAAGAAAAAAUAAAAUGUCGAAUGGGGGGGAAAAAAUAUCAGAUCGAAAAAACAAAAUCAAAACGGACGAAGGAGAGAAUGUUAUUUAAGGAGUUUCGGUACGUGUUGAUAAAUUUUAAGAAAUUUACCAAAUUUGGUGAUAACGUUCUUCAACGUAGAGUGCAAAAGCACCAUUUUUUUCUAAGUCUUCUUCUGCAUAGUUGCGUCGAGUAAUUAAGCAAUUGAAGUCUUGUACCCGGAAUGUAUAAUUAUAUGUAUCGAAACGCUAUGCUUAUGCACGUGUCUUUCGUGCUUAGUUACUCGAUGACUGUGAAAAAGAAAAAUUUUUAAAUAAUAUGUAUCGUUGAGUUUGGUAUCGAAGAAUGUGAUCACGAAAUUUUAUAAAAUUCUGAACUUUCGGAAAUUUUUUGUCCUCAACGUGGCUUAGCACCUCGACAUCGUAUCGACUGUACCGAAACUCCUUAUAUUAAGGAGGCUCAAGCGUAUCUCGUGGAAAAAUGAUUUUCCAACUCUGUACAAUGACAUCUUUAAAACAGAAAUCUUGAGACAGGUUUAAACUUCUGGUUGAAUAUGUCGAAGUCUCGAAAUUGAGGUAUUUAUUGUCGAUUUUCGCAAUUUUUUGGAAGCUUCCAUUAGAGCCCAUGUUUAACCUGUCGUUUUCGACGAUGGAGAUCUCGAUUACGAGACGGUGAAACCUCUCCAAACUUGUCCCACAUGACUGAGCACUGUUCAACCAGAUUCACGCAAAUUUUCAAUUCGUUAACUUGGAAUAAUAAGGCAAAUGAAUAAAAUAAUAAAUAGUUGAAAAAUUUGGAGAGCUCGAGAUAUCCUUUCUGUCGAAAUUUUCGACGAAUCACUGCGAUUCGACUUCUCAGUUUUGUUGAUUGGCAAACUAUUAUUCCGGGGCUACGUUUCUCUAGGAAUGAAAAACCGAAUUUCUCGAUAAAAUAGCGAUGAAUUGGGCGAUUGUGCAAUUUCGUCAGCGACACGGUUGCAAUGAACGAUGGAACGAAUCGAGGCUGGAGUAACAGAAAAAAUGGAGUUUCCCAAUUAUUAUAAUAAACAUUGUAGAAAAAAUGGCGCAGAAUUUUCGAGUCCCGGAGUUUUGUGUUGGAAAAUUGAAGCUCGGAGGUGCUAGCCCCGGCCCCAGCGCCUGCCAUCGUCGAUCCAUCGCGCCAAGAGCCUCGCAACGAUCGAAAAGAAUAUAAAUAUUUACUAAUCUACAUAUCUUACGAACCGAUUUCUCGAUCUUGAGUGUUCCGUGUCUAUAGUGAAUGCGAAUGAAUGCGUGUGUGCGAGCGAACGAGCGACGGUCCAAAGGAGUCAGUGAUUGGUCGCCGCAGCACCGAUGAAGUGGGGAAAAACGUUGAAAAGGAUUUUUUAUCAGGGACCAAUCGCCGUCUCCUCGCACGAGCCUCGCCGAGCAAAGUCUUAGAAAACUUCGAGUCCACCGAAGAUAAAAAAUACUGAGCGUUGUUCCCCAUUACUCAUUUAUUAAGGCCCUGAAAGCUCCCCACAAUUAAAAAAAAAAACAUUUAAAAACGUUGAGACGAACUUGCAGAAAUUCCCAGAACAGAGGCGCCACAACUUUUCGCUGCGUCGGAUCGUGACACCCGGACGAGAAAAGUCCUCAACUAUUUUUCUCCCCGAAGCACCCUGAGAGCUCCAACCCCGUCGGAGACACCCGCCCUCGCUCUUCCAUCGAUACCUCCUGGACGGUUGCUCGGAAAGAAAAAUUCUCGAGCACUUUUCCCCUCGUUAUUUCGCCGUCUAAUUAUCCGCUCACUUUUGUCCCGGUUCGACGACCUUCUGACCACCGUCUCAGCCUUCCGGCGACUCAAACGAGCCGCUCGAAGUCGUCGAAUCUUCCGUUGACAACUUGUUAUUUAAACACUGAUUAAAGAGAGAGAGAAAGAAAGAAGAGAAUUAGGCGCGAGGAAGCGGCAUGCGCACACUUAGACUAAACGCGUAACAAAGCAUAGGCUGGUAGACACCUCUAUAGUUCCUGUACGAUACGGCAUACAUAGAAAUUAACAUAAAUUAUUCUAGUACUACUGAAAAAACUUGGGAGCUGGCUGUUGAUUCCAAAAAUCUCGUAAAUCGUGCUCUAUGUGUACUCAACAAGCACGCAACAACGUGCGUUAUUUGCGUAAACUAUGAAUUAAGAAUGGAGCAAGAUGCGAGGGAAGCCUCGAGGAGGUUUGAAGACGGUUGCAUUUGCUAUAGGUGAUCGUCUGAUGAAAAGAGUGGCAGUAGAGUCGAGUCGCUUGAAUCGGAGAGUUGGCAGCGCGGCGCCGGUGGCCGAUGACUGUGCCGAUCGGUUAGCGCCAUUAUUUAUUGUACGGGGAGGAAAAUUCGCCCGCGAAAAUGGGCUCGCGUGUUCGGUCAAUCGGCGCAGGCUCAAACUCCCGAAUAUUUCCAUAUAUCUCGAGGAGAUUCGUGCGCGGUGACGAUUAAUCGGGAGGAAUCGAGUGAUUGUCUCUGCGAAAAUUCAUGUAAAUAAAUCAGUUGCGUCCGGCGCCUGUGAAGAGCCGCCGAAAAUGAAGGUUCGUUUCCUCCCUGGAAAACGAGAUUGAACACCGGUCCGACCGCACCCACGAAAUGACGCGCGCGUUUCUCCAGCUGAUUGACCGAACGACUUUCACCCCUCGAUAACACCAAGUUGGCGCAGAACUGCACGCGCACAGUCGCCGACGAGCGUUGAGAAAAAACAGUGGGAAAAAGUCCGCGUGUGAGGCCGGACCAGGUCAGGCCGGAAUUUCCUUGUAAAUAAGGGCCCCCUCGAGGAAGGCUUGAUCGAACGACCCACGAGGGAGCAUUAGGAAUCAUCAAGUCAACCGAGAAACGAGGAGCAAGCCUCGCCACGCGCUCCUCGCCGCGUGUGUACAUCACAAUUCUCUCCUCGGUUGAAUGAAUCAAGGCCUUUGUAAGUCAGAUCCAUUCACGUGUGUAACUUACAUCCUCCUCCCUCCUCGUUACUACCGAGCACGAUUCUCCGCUGUGCGGACGCUCGCGCUGAGCCUGGAGACCGAGCAAAUUGCACGGUGAUUGGCCACUCGGCGAAAACCCCGAAAGCAUCGCGCCCCUCGGGCAUUCCCGUCGGGAUUCUCCAUCGCGAAUCCUCCCAAAUGAGAAUCUUUUGAGCAGAGGGCGGCCCGGAAGCCCGCUCGGCGAGCAGCCUCGGCGGAGCCCGGACCUGCUCGGUUCAUUCUUUCGAAGGGACGCCCAAAAAACGCCUUUUCUGCACGGCUUCAAAGAGGAACGUUUGUAGAUAUUUUGGGAGCUCGCACGUUUGGACACUGCCGGGAAUUCCGAUCGCAAUAAAUACUCCAACCAAGUGGGACCGAACGGAAUUUUGGCGGUUUACGAGAAGCGAACGUCUCUCGACGCUCCUCCGGAGCGAGCGAUCGGGCUUCCCGACCAAAUCUAUUUAUUGUCAUUGCUCGUUAGACGGAAACUAAUCUACUUACUCGCAGGAAAAUGUACAUGCGCGAUUAGCCAGGAGGAAAGACGACGCCACACAUUUUUCUUUCCCUCAUCGUAGACCCCCUCGAUCCUCUAUUUUUAAGCAUUAUGUAUAACGCUUUCUUCGAGCUCGUAUAAUUAUUAAAUUAACCUGAACACUAUAUCCGAUGUAACUAAUUUAAAGACUGUGGAACUUCAUAGGUGUAUAAAUGUUUAAAUAAAUUAUUAUAACGUGAAGCAAAGAAA